CUGCACACCAAAACGAAACACAAUUUGGACCAGUGCACUCGCACAGUACUGUGACUUUACUCUCACAACUCGACGCUCCUGUUCCUUCGCGUUGUCGAAUUUGGCAACAAUUUCAAUUGAGCUGUUCACUUAUCAAUAACAACUCGUCAGCGGUGGAGUGGGCGGCGGCGUGUCGGGUCCAUGGAGCUCCCUUAAUUGAGCGAUGAGGGCAGGGCCCACGCCGCUUGUUUCUUCAGAGGGCAAACUUCCUGGUCCUCAGCCGUGCGCACGGAACAGGACUAAUGUAAGGAAUACGUCGCGAUGGCCCGCGGCUUCGCAUGGGGCUUCCGGAAGCAGCAGAGGGUCGCUGCUCACACGGCGAGCGGCCGCAACGCCGUCGGACUAUUCGGUCAGCAAUAAUGCUAGCAUUCGGCGUCUUGACCUGGGUCGAUCGCUCGGCUCCGACCAGACUUCCAUCUCGGAUGCCAGCGGCCCGACGUCAACGACGGGGCCCCCCGGGAGCGCGCUGGCCUGGCGGGAGGGGGUGACGGACCAAGCGCUGGUGCCGAGCACCAGCACUGGCAUGGGCUCGGGUCUCGCAACAGCUGGGGUCGCCAGGAGUCGCGGCGUUGGCAGGGGUCAACGGCUGAGCGCGCAGCUGCUGCCGCUCACGCGGGUGCACAACGGCGCUGUUGCUGCUGCUGCAUCGACGCAUGUGCUCCAGCCACCGCGAGGGUCCGAGAGUCUGGCUGGAGCAGACGCUCAGGCAGGGACCACCGGAAGUUCUGCAGCGGAUCACGGCCCUCGCGGCGCUGCAGGGACGUCGGCGCACGCCGUGGACGUCGGCACGCCGCGGCCGGGGCCAGAGACGCAGGGGACGCCUCUGAAUCAGGCGCUGGCGCCACCACCGCACACAGGCAGUAGCACAGCCGGGGACGGCGGCAGCAGCAGUAGCAGCAGUCUGGGAGUCAUGGUCGACCUGUCAGCGUCAGUGUCGCGGUGGCUCGGCGGCGGCGGCAGCUCCAGCCUAGGGGACUGGCUGCGGGCGGCGUUCACGCGGAGCGCGGUUCCGGAGCUGGGGACAGACUCGGAGAGCCAAGGCGCGGUAGGGAAGCACGGGAAGCGGCAAGAGCCGGCGGAAGGCGGGGAACCUGUCAACGCGCCAGCCUUGGUGUCAGCGGAGCUGGCGGCGGCCGCCGCGGUCGCGCACGACGCACGCGCGCUCGACCCUUUUGAUGAAGUUGAUCUGGAGCUGGAGGUAGUAGCGGGGGUGGAGGCGCAUGCGGAGGCGGGUGCAGCGCACGGAGCCGCAGCGAUGCCGGCGCGUGCGUGGGGCAGCCACGAGGAGGCGGAGGCGUGGGGCGCGGCGGUGGCGGCGUCCGCGCUGGCCGCCGCUGGCAGCAGCGCAGCCGGCUCCCGCCACACCAGCGACGGCCGCAUGCAGUUGGCGCCGCCACCGGCACGGCGAGGGCGGCCAGCGGUGGCAGCCGCAGCCGCCAGCUCCGCAGCGGGCUCCCCGGCGUCCAGCUCGGGCCCAUCGUCUCCAUCCUCGUCCUCCUCCUCAACCUCGUUAUCGCUCUUAGCAGGCAGCGACUGUGUCGCUGCCGGUGUUGCGUGUGACGGCGCCGCCACGGCACAGGUGUCUGGGCCGCCGCCGCCGCAGCUGCUGACUGCUGAGCUCACACGCGCUGCCAGCUGGCAGCAGCUGGCGGAGCUGGUGGCGGCGCAUAACGAACAGCUAGAUUCCAUCCACGUCAGCGCCGUACUUGUACGACUAGCCAAGCUGUACCGCGCCGAUCCGUACUGCCUGCUCAAGCAGCCGGCGGCGGCGGCGGCUGGCGCGGACGCGGACGCGCGGCAGCAGCCAGGGCGGAUGCGGCGGCGGAGACAGCAGCUGCGGCUGACCACACUUCACCCGCAGCUGGGGGAAGUGGUGGACGAGCUGCUGCGGCGGCUGCCGGGCCUCAUGCCGCGCGCGGGGGCACGCACCGUUUCCAACAUGUUGUGGGCGCUGGGCGUGCUGUCGCCGCUGCUGCGCAAAUGCUCGGCGGCGGCGGAGGGUGUGGCGGUAGCAAGGGCAAGGGGCCGGGCGGCGUCGCCGCGGCCACUGCAGCCGGCGACGAAGCUAGGCCACCUGCGGCCGUCGGUGGCGGUGGCAGCGCCGCUGCUGGCGGCGAAGAUGCGGCACUUCUGGGGCCAGGCAGGGGCACACGCGCUGGCGCUGACCCUUUGGGGCUGCGGCCGGCUGCGGCUGCGGCCGGGGCCGGUGUGGAUGUCCGAGUUCGAGGCCGCAAGCGGGAGGCUGCUCGUGGCAGGCAGCUACAGCGCGCAGCAGCUCAGCUACAGCUUAUGGGCGCUGGCAGCGCUGCGCCUGCGGCCGGAGGCGAUGUGGCUGGCGGCAGCACGUGGGGCACUGGCGGCGUCAGCCGCUGCUGCUGCGUCAGCGGUGGCGGCAACCGGGACAGGAGCAAGGGAGGCGGAGGUGCAUGCGGAGGCGGCAACGGCAGCGGACGCCCAACUGGUGCGUGGUGCGUCGGGCGGCCUCCCCAGCACGCAAGCAUUGGCGACGAUGCUGUGGGCCUGCGUGGUGCUGCACGUCAAGCUUGACGCCGCCGCGGAGGCGGCGGUGACGGCGGGGCUUGCGGCGCGGCUUGCGGCUGAGGGUGCGACGGCGGGGCCGCAGGCGCUGGCGAUGAGCCUGUGGGCCUGCGCCCGACUGCAAGUGCGGCCGCAGCGGCAGCUGCUGGCGGCCUGGCGCGGCGCCGCCUCCGCUGAGCUCCUGGCGGCGGCACCCGCCCGCUCCAUCUCGAGCAUGCUGUGGGCCCUGGCAGCGCUGCGCGCCGCGCCGCCGGGCGCCUGGGUGGACGCGGCGGCGGCGGCACUGCUGGCGCGCGCGGAGGAGGACGCGCUGGGCUCGCAGGCGCUGUGCAACAGCGUGGGCGCGCUGGCGCAGCUGGACUGCCGCGUGUCGGCGGCCUGGCUGGAGGCCUUCAGCGCAGCCCUGUCGCCGCGGCUGCUGCGCAGCCUGGCGCCCUGCGAGCUGGGCGUGCUGUUGCACGGCUUGGGCCGACUAGCGGCGCCGCACAACGGCAGUAGCAGUGCCGGCGGGCGGGUCGUGGUGGAGGCGGGCUUCCUUGCCGCCGCUGACGCGGCGGCCGCGGCGGCGCUGCCAGCCGCCUCCGCCGCCGACCUGGUCGGCAUCUGCGGCGGCCUGCGGGCGCUGGGGCUGCGGCGGCGCAGCAGCGCCAUCGCGGCAGCGGGUGGCGGCGGCGGCGCAGCCGCCAGUGUGGCGUUGCAGCGGGCGCUGGCGCGCCGGACCGUGCAGCUGCUGCAGGCGAGGGCCCUGGGCACACGCCAUGCGGCAGAGGCCCUGGCAUGCCUAUCGGCCUUCUGCGGACCUGCCAUGUGGGACCAGAAGUCCGCUGCGCCCGCACACACGGAGCAGCAGGAGCUGGAAUCGGAGGCGGGAUCGGAUGUAGAGGCUGAGGCGGAGCUAGGCUCGGACUGUGACGGUGAGAGCGUGCAGCACGAGCAGGCGGCGCCCCAGUCGCAAGUAACAGCAGCAGACGCGCAGCAUGUCGGUCCGCUGCGGCGGCGGCGUGGCGGGCGCGCCGGCUGGCGCGCUGGCAGCGGCACCGCGCCUCGCAAGCUGGUGUUGGAGCUGGUGCGGCUCGUAGUGACGGCGCGGCUGGAGCAGACCGAUGUCUUUGACGUCGUGACGGCGCUGACGGCGGCGGCGGAGCUGGGGCUGGUGGCGCAGUCCCCGGCGGCGCGGCGCGUCAUCAUGUCGGCGGCGGCGCGCGCUGCCGGCCACACGCCCGGCGCGCGGCAAGCGGUGCAGCUGCUGGCGGCGCUGCGGGAGCUGCGCGUGGCUCCGCCGCCGGAGUGGAUGCGGCACGUGGCGAGCGAGGUGGGCGGCAAGCUGCGCGGCCUCGGCGCCGACGAGCUGGAGGCGCUGCUGCGGCUCAUGCUGGCAGCUCCCGGGUGCGCACCCGUGCCUGCUGCCGCCUCCGCCGCCACUGCGUCUGCCAACGCAGCCGGCGCGGCGGCGCCGCCGGUGGUGCUGUUGCUGGCUGCGUCGCAGCUGCCGCUGGCGGCGGCGCCCAUCCAGCACCUGCUGGACCUAGCAGGCGCGGUGGUGGCGGCGGGCGUGCCGGCGGCGGCGCUGCCGCGCGGCUGGCUGGUGGCGUUGGAGGCGGCCACCGGCGUCAAGAUGGGUCAGCGGUGCGUGUCGGCUGGGUCGCUGGUGCAGCUGCUGGCGUGCAUGGCCUGCAUGGGCCACGUGCCGGGUGGCGCAUGGAUGGCCACGUGGCACGAGGCCACCGGCGGCCGCCUGCACACGCUGAGCCCACCGCAGCUCGCGGUGGCGUUGCGGCUGCAGGUGACGGUGGCGACGGCGGCGGCUGCCCCGCCGCCGGCGGCGUGGCUCCGUGCCGCGGCCGCGGCGCUGGCGGCGGUGACAGGCAGCGGUGCUAGCGACCUGGAUCCGGUUGCUGCUCUGGUGGCGGCGGCGGACCUGCAGCGGCUUGGCUACCAAGACGACGUGGCGGUGGCAGCGACACCGGCGGCGGUGGCGCCGCUGUCUGUCAGCAGCAUGGUGGCGGCGGCGGCGGCGCAGCUGCACGCGCAGCUGUUGGCAGCAGAGCCAGCGGCGCAGCUGGAGGCCCUGGCGCGGCUGCAGGUGCUGUCGCCCGCGCCCGGGCCGACCCCCGCGCGUGCGGCGGUGGCGGCGGAGGGCUGGGCGGUGGGCGUGUUGGACAUGGCGCACGCCGUCAUCACGCAGCAACGGCCGCUACACGUGCUGUUGGCGGCGCUGCAGUCGCAGCCGCAGCCGCAGCCCUCGCAUUUUUCAUCCACCUCCACAGCUGAGGAGUCGGGCGCGGACGACGCCGCGCCCGCCCAUCUCCCGCACGCGCUGCCCUCCGCAGCGGCCGCUGCCGCCUUCACCACUGCCUUCUCCUCCUUCUCCGUUUCUGCACCUCCCUCUGCUGGCACCGCCACCAAGCCGCUAGUGCUGCUCCUGUGCUCCAUGGUGCGGUGGGGACAUAGCCCCGGCGUGCGCUGGCUCGCCGGCGUCGCCCGCCACGUCUGCCGCCAGCUCGAGGCCGCCACCGAUGACGACUGCGGCUACGACGGCGCCGAGGCCACGUCAGCUGCCACCAUGGCAAGCAUGGCCGGCGCUGCCGGCUACCAGGCGUCACCAGGCGUUAGCAGCAGCGGCGUUAGCAGCAGCUGCUGGAGCGCGGCCGACGGCGCGCGCGCGGUGUGCUGCCUGGCAGCCCUAGGCUACGUGCCGUCGGCUGACGUGGCGGAGCGCCUGCAGCGGCAGCUGGAGCCGGCGCUGGCGGCGGCGGAGCUCCCGGCGCCGCUGGCGGCGGAGCUAUGCGGCGCUUGGUGCGCGGUCCGGCGGCGGCCGCCGCCGUCGUGGUGGCGGGCGGCGCUGGCCGGAUCGUUGGAUUCGAGCCGUCUGGCGGCGCUGGAUCACGUGGAUCUCAUCCGUCUGCCGUACAGCAUGGCGGCGUGCGGCUUCGUGCCGACGCAGCGCUGGCUGGAGGCGCACCUGCAGCUGCUGCCGGAGGCGCUGGCGGGCGCGGCCUCUUCGGCUGCUGCAGCCUCCAGCGGCAGUAGCAGCGGCAGCAGCACUGGCAGCAGCAGUAGCAGUAGCGGCAGUAGCUCGGCUGUGGCGGACGACUUGGCGAACCUGACCUGGGCGCUGGGCAGCGCGGUGCAUGAGGGCGGCUACCCGCCUGGCAUGCUGUCGGCCAGUGGCGCCCUGCAGGCGCUGCUGGCCGCCGCGCGGCCGGCCCUGCCGCUGAUGGGCCCCUCGCAGCUGGUGCUGCUGGUGGAGGGCCUGGCGCGCAGCCGCCACCGCCUGCCGCCGCCCUUCCUGGAGGCCUUCACGAGCCAGGCGGCCCGGCAGCUGCAGGCGUGCGGUGCCUCGGACCUGGUGAGUGUGCUAUACUGCCUCGCCUACCUAGACGCCCGGCCCCACCUGCCGCGGCCCUGGCUGGCGGCGGCGCUGCAGCGCACCUCGGUACUGCUGCCGGGCUUACUCACCUCCGUCGAGGAAGCCUACCGAGCAGACGACCUGGCUUGGGCGGUGGCCGAGCUGGAUCCUCCUCUGGCGAAGCCGCCUUCGGUGGCGGCUGGUGGCAGCGGCGGUGGAGAGGCGGGCGAGCUGUCACGGCCCUUCCUGGCACUGCUGCAGUGGCAGCGGGCGGCGCUGGCGGCGGCCGCGGCUGCGGCGGAGCGCAUGGGCCGGGAGCGCGACCGCGGCGACGGCAGCAGCGGCGGCGGCAGCAUUGAUGGGCCGGGCCCGUCGUCGGGAAGCAGUGGUGGUGACGGCGGCGCAGCCGGCAUUGGGCGCCGUCGGCGCCGCAGCCCGCCGCGCCGCGGCGGCGGCUUGGGUGGUGCGGGUGUGGCUCUUGAGGAGGCCGCUGUGGCCCUUGAGCUUCCCUCCAUCACGUCCGCCGCGGGCGCCAUCGCCGCCGCCGCCAGUGCCUCGGCCGCCGCCGGCUCCAGCGGAAACAGUCUGGCUCGGACAUGGCGUGGCCGUGGCAUCUUGGGCGGAUCUAAGCUGCGCUUCAAACGCUCCACGUCUCCAAGCGGCGGGCCCCCGUAGAUAUGUCAUGACAGGUCGCCCCAGGUCUUGCGUAGUCCCCCAAGAAGACUGGACUGGGUGAGCGAUGGGCUUACACAAUAUACGUCAUUUUCGGGGGAUGUUAGGUAUCCCCCGCGCUGCAGGCUGGCUAGGAUGCAAUUGAUGUCUGUCUCCUUCUGUGCGGUGCCUAAUUACGUGCUGUGCGUGUGGAAGAACCCCGUCAGUUUGUGCGUGAUGUGGCGUUCAUGAAAAGAAGGUCUGGCUGACGACUGCGUGGGAGACAGGCUAGGAACCAACCAGCUAGAUCGAAGGUACACAUUGACACAGUGGGUAGCAGCUGCUGCGUGCUAGCACGGCAUGAAUGCGUGUCUAGUUUAUGUGUAGUGUAGAACGGACAAGCAGCAGACAAGGACCAGACAGUUUGACGACAAAUGCCGAAUGGGACGGGGGGGGCAACCAAAACUGGUGUUGUGCACCUCGGCACCUCGGGACCCAGUUUGUGCAGCGAAUGCCUGGUACUCGCGGCCGGCAAGCUAUCAUGUGUUACGAAGUUGAUUUUAUUGUGGCUUGCGGCAUUAUGGAUGUUGCGGAGCGAAGUUCAAAGCAGUGCCCCUGCUCAGCGCUGGGGUGGUGCAACUGCGACCAGCCUGGAACGCGCCGCCCUGUGCAUGGGCGGUCCUUGUUGGCACCCUGCCGGCGGCUUCGCCUUUCGCCCCCAACAUUAUAUUUGCAACGACAAGGCAAGAGCGCGCGGCUGGUAGAACGCAGGGCUAGGGCAGGGCAGGGCGCCCCGGGCUCGGGGGCAAGGGCAGCGCAACAGCAAGCGGCACAGGUUGGGGAUUCCCCGCAGCAUCCACACGUGCCUACCCUUGCUCGUAGCCCAAUUCCCGC